AUGGCCCCUGCUAGACAACAGCCGGCGCCGCCCCCAUUCAGCAAGGACGAAAAAGUCCUCUGCUUUCACAUGGACAUGCUCUACGAAGCCAAGAUCAUGGACGUGCAGGCCGGUGAGAAGCCCGGGGACGGGUACAAGUACAAGGUGCACUACAAAGGGUGGAAGAACACCUGGGACGACUGGGUCCUGGUUGACCGUAUCCGACCCUUCGACGACGAGCACAAAGAGCUCGCCGCACAGCUUCGCGCCCAGCUGAAGCAUAACCUGCAGAGAAGUGCCAAGCAGCCCAAGAAGGGUCUACGGAGCGGUGCGGAAUCCGCCAGGGUCAGUGAAGAGCGAUCCGGAUCCGCCACCAUCCAAGGAAGCCGAGGAGGCAGACGCGGAAAGGACUGGGAACUUGAGCAGGUAAGGUCUCCAUUUGUUUUCCCGAUAUCAAAUGCUCGAGGCUCUCCAGAAAUGACUUCCUCGCCCGAGUCCACUCCCUCUCCCUGCUCUUCUCUGUCCAGCGGCAGCCGUGGGCGAAAGAGAGUGAGAAUCGCCAGGCUUCGCGAGCCCUUUGAUCAUCUCACCUGUCUCCCGCCCCCCAACCACCGUUAUGUCAAGGAGCCCAGGAAAAGCAGCCCCCUGAAUAUCGAUGUCACGACCACGACAUCCAGGAAGCGUCGCUCGACAGCCUCCAGGUCGCCCAAGUCUCGGGCCAAACCAAAGCAGCCGUCGCCUCCUCCCCUUGAAUCCCUCGAGGCUCUUGAGACGGAGGACUCCUUUCACAACAAGCCCAUGAUCAACAUCCCGAUACCCGACCAUAUUCAGGCGAUGCUGGUCGACGACUGGGAGAACAUCACCAAGAACAACCAGCUCGUCCCCCUUCCUCACUCUAAGCCGGUGAACAAGAUUCUGGACGACUAUCUGGCCCAUGAGCGACCCCACCGAGAAGAAGGAUCCUCCAGCAUGGACAUUCUGGAAGAGGUCGUUGCUGGAUUCCGUGAGUACUUUGAGAAGGCGCUUAGCAGGAUUCUCCUGUACCGAUUCGAGCGCCACCAGUUCAUGGACCUCCGCAAAAUGUGGGAGAAUGCAGAGUCCGAGUCUGCGGCCAAGACCGUCUGCGAUGUCUACGGCGCCGAACAUCUCGCUCGUCUGAUCGUGUCCCUCCCUGAACUUCUUGCGCAAACCAACAUGGAUCAACAGUCCGUUUCGCGUCUCCGGGAGGAGAUUGGCAAGUUCAACGUCUGGCUUGGCCGCAACUGCGAGAACUACUUUGUCAGCGAGUACGAGACCCCUUCUCAGGACUACAUCGACAAGGCUCGCAGCUUCUAAACCCGGCACGCCUCGGGACCAUCUUUGCGAAGCAGUAACCCGACCUUGAUCACUACGCUUCAGGGGGAAUAACUGCUUUUGCUAGCUUGCUUCGGUUUCUCCCACGUCUAGGUACAGGAUGAACUGAACAGGCUUGACCACGAGAUUUGAGCUACACAUAACAGGAGAGGAACUUUGGGCCUUUGUCACGGCCUCUUUUGGGGAGCAAUACAGGAAUUCGGUCGAGAUAGGUAGAGGUUGGGUGGUGUAGGAUAAUUGGAAGCUUU